AUGAAGUGUUUGUGUUGCUUAAAUGAGCUAGAAGAAGCAUUUAGAUUUUGUCCAAGAUGUGGUACCCAAUGUGUCGAACUAUCUCCGCCUUCUGCAAAUGUUGAACGAGCAAAGAUUGAUUCAGCUACAGUUUCAGAUGAUAAGGAUGGUGAUGAACAACAGAUGCCAGAAAAGGAUAGAAAUCAAACUGAUAAUCCAAGUGUUGUUGUAACUAUAGUUUCUAAUGAAGUAGCAAAUCCAAAAGAGUCUAAUUCUGUGGGAUUCAGUGUUGAUAUUGUUAGUACUGAGACUGUUAUUCAAGAAGAUGAUAGAUGCAAUGAAAAUAACCCCAGCAAACCAACUAAAACUUUGAUGGAUCAUCCCUUAAAGGAACAGCCAAUGGAAACAGAUGAUAGUGACAUAGAAAAUGGUAAUCAAGAUACUAAUAGUAAGCUUGAAAACAAUGACAGUUUACCUGUUAAAGACAACUCACUUUUAGAAGAAAACAAAAGCAAAUUUGAUGAUAUCUCAGAAAAUGUUGAAAAUUCCCAAAGUGGUGAUCAAGAAAAAGAGAAAAAUGAUUUGGACAAAGACUUGUCAGAUAACAUGACAAACAAAAAAGAUGACAAAAGACCUUGUGGGAAGAAUGAAGACCAAGUACAAGACACAAGCAGUUCGAAUGAUACAGAAGAUUUGACCAGAAAAAGAAAUGAAAAGGAUGACAAACCUACUGAAAAGGAUGACAAACCAACUGAAAAGGAAAAGGAUGACAAACCAACUGAAAAGGAUGACAAACCUACUGAAAAGGGUGACAAACCUACUGAAAAGGAUGACAAACCUAGUGAAAAGGGUGACAAACCUACUGAAAAGGAUGACAAACCUACUGAAAAGGGUGGAGGAAAGAAAGAAAAAGAAGAAAAGAAGAAAAAGGGGAAAAAUAAUCAAGGCACAUCUCAGCCACUCCAGUUAGGGUCUAAAGAGUCCGUUAUAUAA